GAACAUGUAGCCCAACCGACAGAUUGCAGCGAGCACAAGUCCCCGGACGAAUGGGUAAACGGCAGGCAACUAGCCCUCAAUGACCGAGUGAAGCACUCGGGCAGUAGUCACACGGUACACUGUCGGCAUGACAACAAGCACUUAAGGGUACCUUUCCACCUGCACACAAACGCCACCAAUUCGACGGCUCAAAUGUCUACUCUUUCAACCGUCGUCGGGCCCCAAUCUACCCAGGCACCUGCGCACAAUCGCAUCGACGUUGAGACGUCAAGGCUAACAGCAUCAAACAAUCUGACUUCAGUUGCUUAUCUCACCUCAGAGGGGUGCGUUGUGUCAAUGGGACUGUCGCUAGCGUGUCGCAUGCCUAGGCAAUGGCAUCAGCGCGAGAUCUACCCAACAGGUCUACAGGGCAUGCUGUUAAUUGUAUGCAUAAAAAGCUGUGCAGCAGCCAAUGAGCGCUGGCCUAGAGGAGGUAGGGUCCUGAGUGGACUGGAGCCUAGGCCUCGGGGGGAGGGUGUAUCAACGCCUCCACCGGUUUAG